UCGCAUUCAAAACAAAACGCGUUGGAUCGCAAAAAUGAGCUCGUUAAACAUUUUCGAUUUAAACGAUGAUUGUCUAGAUUUGUUACUAAACUAUCUGACAUCCGAGGAACAGAUUCUUUUUGCCCAAGUCUGCAAGCGAUUUCGUGAGGUGUUCAUAGCUUGGGGUGUAAAACAUUAUCGCGAAUUUGGAAUCGACGCUAGCAACACAAAGCAGUCGAUAAUCGGUCUAAGCACUUGCCGUGAAGUAGUCGAGACACUCAUCAUCGAUAUGGAUCACUUUGACACUGCUCGAAUAUUUAGGAACUAUGGAUGUGACGAGCCCGUCAUUUGUUUCAAUAUACUUUGCUACGCCUUAAGUGGCAUGGUCAACCUGAGGCGUUUGACAGUGAAACAGCUAGAUUAUGUGACUACUCCAAUUAAAAAACCAUUUGAGCAAAUAUUUGCCUCUGUUAAGGAUUUAAAUGACCUAAAAGUCUUAGAAGUACAUGCGAAAGAUGAUUGGACAUUUGACACACUAUGGCAGCUGCAUCACUUGGAGGAGCUGCAAUUGCAAAUACAAAAAAUAUAUGGAGAAGUUCUGGUUGAAUGCUGUAAGUCAAAUCCCAAUCUUCGUCGGUUGCAACUGGGCUAUGGCAUUGUCGUGGGUAAUCUAUGUGAUAUUGUGCGCCAUUGUGCAAACCUGGAAACGCUUGAGUUUGGCAUGAUGGAAACGGAUUUUGCUUACAAGCCGCUUUCUAGGGUGCCCAGGCUGAGACAGCUAAUCCACAAGGGCGCUCGGGAGAGUAACUCCUUGAUGCCCCUGCUAAAGGCACUUGCUGUGCAACCGCAACUGCAACAGCUACACAUCGAUGGAGGCAUCCUAACUCCACAGGAGAUUUUGCAAAUUGUUCGACAGCGCGGAUUGCUGCAGCUGAAGUGCUUCUGCUCGACGGCCGAGUGUGUGGAGAUGCUGGCGCAGCUAAUACAACUGCAGAAGCUGAGCAUCUGGGUGUCCAACGGGUGUGACAUUUCUGAUGCCCUACUUAAGGUUAUUGGCCAGUGCAAGAAGCUGCAGCUACUUCGGAUUGCGUCGGGAAACCUGAAACCAGAUUUUAUUUAUAACGUCUCAAAAUUGUUGCUCGAUUUGAGAACUGAUACGCCACAAGAAUCACUCCAUCUGGAACUUCCUCCAUCCAACUAUACGAAGUCAAUUGAGAACUUAUCGCCACAAACUAAGGUUUUAAGCUUUUCGGAAUUUGAGAUGUCUUCCUGGAAACUUUGAGUUCCGAAAUGUUGUUCCCAAAUAUUCUAAAGACAGUAUUACCAAAUGAAAUGUGCGUGUUUCGUUGACUCGCUAAUGUCCUGAGCACAUGUGGCAGUCUCACAUCCUUCCAGUGACUAUGCUAUCGUCACGUUUUAGCAUUUAAAUUUAAAUGUUUCACCAAAGAGGGAAAAAUCCGACUGCAAAUUCGCUUAUGCCUAAAUGAAAAUUGUUUCCGGAAUUAUAAAAUUACUUUGUAAACCAUGCAAAGCAUUUAUGUUUAUGAAAUUAAUCAAUUCCAUUUUUAUACCCUUA